GUCUGCAUUACUGAAAUUGUAUAAAUUACACUCUACCCUAUCACUGUUAAAGUAUAACCAAUACGUGUGACAGUGCAGUAGUUGGAGCGAGGAGCACUGAUUACCUAAGUUAGCUGCCAGGACUUUCUUUCAUUCCGAAUAGUUGCUUACACCGAAUUAUCCAUAAUUUGUAGGUUUGCUGCUAGAUAGUGGCCGCCGUUCUGAGUAGUUUAGCCUGUCGACCAAGACCAAAACAACUUGCAAGCCCGUUAUGAUGCAUGGCUUUUACUUAGCUAGUUGAAAGAGCGCCUUCAGGCUUACUGGGCCAGUUGGGCUUGUAGGGCGCGAACAUGUUCUGAGCGCUCACUAGCGUCCUUGGGGAACAAAUGCGUGACGCGGAUUGGGACCAGCUUUUUCUUCAUUUUGUAAGAAAAAGAGGACUUCGCGAUGUAGAGGCGCUUUUUCAGCGUUACGUCAGACCACAGCAGCAGGAGCCGGACGACGGCAUGUCGGUGACGCAGCAGGCGGAGCUGCAGCAGACCUUAAUCGAGGACUUAGCUAACUUUGCAGCUGACAACGACGCUAGCGUAUACACGGACACGUACGACCAGCUCGCAACAUGGGUCGACAACUCCUUGGACAUGUACCGGCCCGAGCUGCGGCGGCUGCUGCACCCGGUGUUCGUGCGCUGCUACCUGCAGCUGGUGGAGCUGGAUGCGGGGGGCGUGGCGGCGGCGCUGCUGGCACGGUACCGCUCCCGCGUGCUGGCCAGCCAGGGCGGUCUGCGGCGCCGCAUCGCCUCCGACCUGCAGCAGCUGUCGGGGCUGGCCGGGCGGCAGCAGCUGCGGUCCUCGCCCUGGGUGGCGGGGCUGGCGGGCAGCCGGGUGGCGGUGCCGCUGUCGCCGCCCGCGCACGAGCUGCUGCUGCGCUUCCUGCACACGGGCGGCGGGCGCAUGCUGCCGCUGCUGGCGAUCAUCAACGGGCAUGUGGACCUGCAGGUGGUGGAGGGGUUGCCCCGGGGCGCGGCUGCCGCGGAGGAGGAGGGCGGCGAGGAGGGCGAGGAGGGGUGGGGCGGCGAGGAGGAGGAGGAGCUGGACGCGGCGGGGGGCGGCCCGCCGGACGCCGCCACUGCGGUGAUCGUGAACCGCACUGAAGUGAAGCUGGGGCUGCUGCAGGGCAAUGUGGAGGACUUGUACCGGGAGCAGCAGGAGAAGCAGCGGGCGGAGGCGGCAGCGGCGGGGGGCGGGGAGGCAGCGGGGGCGGCGGGGCAGGCGGCAGGGGGUGACGGCCAGGAGCCCGCCACCAAGAAGGCCAAGAAGGCGGCUGAGAAGGCGGCGGCAGCAGCGGCGGCAGCAGCCACCAAGAGUGGGCCUGUGAGGGCGGAGCGGAUGGAGCACCCGCCCUACCUCCCCCGCCUGUCUGACGAGGUGGUGGCGGCCUGCCUGCGGGACAUCGGCUGCCGGGCCGCCGUGAGUGCCGCCGCGCCGCCCUCCUGCGCCUUCUUCACCUUCGUCAACGCCAAGCAAACCCUCACCUGCUGCGCAUUCAACCGGGAUGGAUCCAAGAUAGUGGCUGGUUUCACGGACUCCUCGGUGCGCCUGUACGACAUGCCCACCAUCACGGCACACCAUGCUCAGCUGCGGCGAGCGCGACCCCGCCCCCCGCACCACCAUCCCUCAGCAAACGGCAACACCCACCCCGCAGACCCCGCCUCGCCCUCCCAAGCAGCCACCGCAAUAGACGACGAAGUCGAACCCCCCGGCACGUCGUACCUGUACGGACACACAGCCGCCGUACAUGCUGUUGACAUGACCGUUGACCAACGGUUAGUCCUCAGCGGCGCCUCCGACGGCACCAUCCGCGUGUGGGGCGCGGAGUUCGGCGCCUGUCUAGCCGUCUACCCGGGCCACGUGUUCCCGGUGUGGGACGUGGCCUGCUGUCCCGUGGGUCACUGGUUCGCCAGUGCGGGGGCGGACCGAGUGGCUCGCCUGUGGGUUACGGAGCGUACGGCGCCGCUGCGGCUGCUGGCGGGUCACGGUGCUGACGUGGACCUGGUGCGCUGGCACCCCAACUGCUCGCUGGUGGCGACGGGGUCCGCUGACCGCACGGUGCGGCUGUGGGACGUGAGAGAGGGCAAGUGCGUCAGGUACCUCUCCCACGGGCUGUACGGCAGCCCCACGGCACUGGCUCUCUCCCCGGACGGGCGCCACGUGGCGGUGGGCACCGACAGCGGCAGGCUGGCGGUGUGGGACCUGGGGACCGCGCGGCGCCUGGCCGCCUCGCAGCCCGCUGCCUCGCAUGCGGGGGCGGUGUGGGCGCUGAGCUACAGCCAGGGGGAGGGCACGUUGCUGGCGUCCGGAGGGGCGGAUGAGACGGUGCGGCUCUGGAGGAACGACCUUGCAGAACCCCCGGCGGAGGCAGGCGGAGCGGGGGCGAGCGGGAGUACGCCGGCGGGAGGCCCCGCGGGGGCUGCGAGUGCGGGGGCGGGGAAGGGUCAAGGGACAGGGGCGGAGGGAGGGGUGCGCGGCGCGGGCAGUGGGCCGUAUGGACCCGUGGGUCAGUACCGCACCAAGUCAUCCCCAGUGGUCUCGCUGCACUUCAACGGCAGGAACCUGCUGCUGGCGGCCGGGCCCUUCCACCGGCGGGGGCCCAUUGCGGGGUAGCAGGGUGGCGGGUGUCUGGUUGGGGGAGCCCGAGGGUGCGCUUGCUCGGGUUGUGUGGAGGUGGUUCGGAACAGGGUGCAGACGCUUUUGAUGGCUGGCAUGUGGUCGCGUGCGAGUUGUCUUGCGGCCAUUGUCAUUAAGCAGAUUGCAGCUGCUAGUGUGUGUCGCUGCAAGCGCCGGAAGUGCUGGCAGCACCUCUGCUACAAGGUAGCGGGUGCGGGGUUGGAGCCUUGGGUACGUGUGCUUGUGCCAUGUGGCAUCGCGUCAGGGGUCUUACAAAACGGGACUAUCACAAACAUGGUAGUGCAGGAUCUGUACACUAGCUGAUGCACCAGCCAAGUAUGCCGUACGAUUGAGCCGCACCGGCACUGUACAAACUGCUGCGCC